ACAGUAUCGAGAAGAGAUGGGAAUAAAUUCCUCGCGGUCUCUUUUGAUAGCAGUUGCUAUGCUUUUACCUAACCUACUAGCUAAUAUAAAUCCCAAUCAGAGCUGAAGUUGUCUAGCGUUUCGUCAUUAAGUCGAGCCUCGGACGAUUCUCACCGUUCAAAACGAAAACAAUGUGUGGAGAGGAAGGUGUGUUCAGACAUCAUGACUUUAAAGUCUGUAUCGUGGGGAUUCGUCCAUCGGAAGGUGCACAAAACCAACAAUGUCCUGGACAAACGUCAAAGAGGAUCAGAUUACGGUGCCCGAUCGUCUUGAUUUUGGAGUGAGUCAGGUCCUAUUUGGGCCUAAUGAAGUGAAUCUGCCAACGAAACAACGACAGUGAUCGCAAACCUUUGCCAAUUGAACAUUCAGAGUUUUCUAGAAGACGUGACUGCUAUAAUUGUUUUAUAGCCAUUAGUUUUCAAGGUGUCAUAAAAACUAAUCACAAUCUGGAGAUUUGAAUUCAUUUGCAAAGAUUAUACACAGAUACAGAAAUAACUGAGUGCUGCCCUUCAAAAAUGCUAAGAAAUGGAUUCAGGGAGUCUCGCAAGGUGCAUCCUAACACCAUUGGAGCUCCACUUAAAGACAUGGCGGAUUCACAAUACAUGUCCGAGCCCAAAUUGGUGGGUGAAGGGGCCCAGAAUAUUUACGCUAAUCGAUACCAAGAUACCAAUAAACGCUUCCGAGGCUUUUGGCAUCUCAUGGCCAUGUGGAAAGGCAGCGUGCUCAAGCUCAUUUGGCACGACUUGUUAGUGUUCAUGGUGAUGUAUUCCAUUCUGAGUGCCAUCUACAGAUUCUGGCUGUUCGGUAACGCCAAGCAUCGAGAAGCCUUUGAGUUGGUUUGUGUCUAUGCGAGCAGAUUCCGAGGGAUGAUACCAAUCACGUUUCUGACCGGAUUCUACGUGUCCCAAGUAGUCUCUCGAUAUUGGGACCAAUUCAUGAGUUUGCCGUUCACCGAUCAAUUGGCGUAUAAAUUGGUGACAUUUGUUCCUGGAAACGACGUGUAUCGCAAAAACCUUAGACGGACAGUAAUGCGCUAUGCCAAUUUAUCCAUCAUCUUCGUCUAUCGAUUGGUCUCGUCCAAAGUUCGAAAGCGGUUCCCAACUUUCGACAGUAUGGUCGACGCCAAAGUACUUUUACCUCAGGAGCGAGAUCGACUCAUUCAGGUUAACGAAAAAUCAGCCUUUGAGCUUACCUGGGUCCCCAUCUCAUGGGCUUUGAAGGCCAUCCAACAAGCUCGAACUAGCAACAAAAUCACCAUUGAAGCCCCCAUCUUCAGCUCCCUCGUGGGCGAGUUCGAUGCCAUCGAGGCCGCCAAUCGAAAGAUCCUCAAUUACGGUUGGGUCAAUUUCCCUUUGGCCUACACCCAAGUGGCCACGUUAUCCGUGUUUUCAUACUUCUUCUCUUCGCUGUUCGCCUGCCAGUACCUGAUCCCCGAGGACAAGACCGUGGACACCGAGACCUUUCCUCACUUGAACGUCAGUUUCUCCACCCUCAAGCCCUUUGACCUGCACACCCCGGACAUUUACGUUCCCGUGUUCACCAUCCUCGAAUUUAUAAGCUACAUGGGCUGGAUCAAGGUGGCCGAGGCCUUGCUCAAUCCAUUUGGCGACGAUGACGACGAUUUCCAGAUCAAUUAUCUCAUCGAUCGAAACCUCACCAUCUCGUACUUGAUUGUGGAAGAGGGUGAGACGGACUUGGAGGACGUGAAAGAUCCAUUUCUCAGCGGCAAUGUUCCCCCGGAACUGCCCUAUAACGAUGAGUCACUCAUUGACGAGUCGACCAAACAGAUCGGACAAGUGAGCGCUGAUGAGACUACUGAUCAGACGGAUUCAAACGGAGGGGUGGGCCUGAUCAUCGGCACAGUGAGAAAGAUAUCCAAUGCGUCAUUUGGCAGACUUGCUCCGAACAACAGAUCUGGUUCUUCGCAUGGAACGACGAUGUCCAUCAACUUUAGUUUGGCCAAGGUAGAUGAGGCAGAAAUCGGUCCCACAAGUGGAGAUUCGGGAUUCCUGGGCGACACGGAAAUGGACGUGGAGAAUGGACAUGUCAAAAGGAAUCACUUGGAGAUACCAACACGCAGUGAGAGGAAACGAAAAGUCUCUCCUCAUGGUCAAAGUCCUAUCAUAGCGGACUUCAAUGAAAACCAUUGCGCCACGUCAAAACUGUAAAUUUCAUUCUCAUAUUCAGCUGUUAUUUUUUUGGCAGUAAUAGAAGCACAAAUAAUGUGAAGAAAACAGGAAAACUACUUCAUCUGCGAUUCACCCAAUAGUUUCAUCCUUUGUUCAAUGACGUCUUCGUUCUCGGGAAAUUCUAUAGAAUUGCGAGUUUGGAUCUGUAAUCCUGGAGAUUGCCAAAUGGCAUUUUCCAUCUCCUUGGCAGUAUUCUCCCUGGCUUCUUUCUCAUUUCUCAUUUCUUCCAUUCUCUUUCUUCUGAAGAAUCCGAACUUGGUCAUGCAAAGAAUGAUAAGAAGUAGGACCAGGAGAGCCGAAAUAACCACCACAAUCCACAACCAAGUGGGAAGGGAGGCGGUCAAGAUCGCAUUGGAUUCCAACCUAAUCACAGUCGUUGCUCGAGCUUGACCCGGAUUGAUUUGUAUGGAAUCAAGAGGGAAAUCAAGGGCUGCUUUGGCGUCACUCGAGAACUGGAAAUCCUUCUCUUUGAUGUCCGUGAGAUCCAAAAUGAGUUGAAGGGAUAUUGUCGCCACUGUUGAUCGAUUUGACAAGUCAACUCUUGGACAUCUAGCAGUAGACAAUAUCAUUAAGAAAACCCUGAUUGGUUGAACAUUUCUGAAAUAUAUUGUUGGUACCUGUA